UAACUUGAUCGUGGUCCAAAAUAAAGUGUCUUACGUCAUGACGUCCGCCGAUGACGCGCACGCCGUCUCCGCCCCCGUCAGCGAGAGCGCACAUUCCUAUUGUCCAAGAUGGCGGCGUAGGUGCAGGUCCUCCGCGGCUGACAUGUUUUUAAACGAGUUAAGGCUUUUAUUUCGAUAUAUAUGCAAGUGUUCCGCGCCGUGAGCGGUCGGGUGUCUCUGUCGAAGCUGUCGUCUGCCUCGCGCUUUGUGCUAACACCCCCGGAUAUCCCUCCGCGAGCCGGAUUCUCCUCGUUGCAGGCACCGAAAAGUUUGAGCUCCAUCAUCCUUUGACUAUGAAGCGGCAGGCCGGGAGAGAGGCCAGUCCGUCCAGGGCCGUCGCUAAGCGGAUCCGGGACCGGGACCGGGACCGGGAGAGCGGACGGAGGGAGGAGCUCCCGCCGCCCCCCCUGGCCCUCCUGCUGGCGGAGAGCCGGGGGUACCACCGCCGCAGCCGGAGCAGGGAGCGGGAGAAGCCGCGGCUCAGAGACGAGCGCGCCGCCGCCGCCGCCGCCGCCGCCGCUGCUGCCCUGGAGCUCCACCACAGGCACGAGCUCAGCCUCCUCGGCCGCGCGCCGCCGCCUCCGCCGCUGCCGCUCCGCACGACGGCCGCCGCCGCUGCCGCUGCCGCCGCCGCGGAGCUCCCCGCCGCCGCCCGACCGGGCACGUUGGAGUACAAGACGCUGCUCAUCAGCAACCUCGGCUCGCAGGUGUCGGACGAGGACGUGGAGGACGCUUUGUUCCACGAGUUCAAAAAGUUUGGGGACGUGAGCGUGAAGCUGUCGCACACGCCGGAGCUGGGACGCAUCGCGUACGUCAACUUCCGGCACCCGGAGGACGCGAAGGAGGCCCGGCACGCCAAGUCGUCCAGGUUAGUGCUCGGCGAGCGGCAGUUAAAAAUUGAACCCAUGUACGUCAGACGACGCAGCGUCACGCCGCCCGACGCGGGCGCGUACCUGCCGCUGCACGCGCCGUUCGCCUACCGGCAGCGGUCCAUCUCCCCGCCGGGUCCGGGUGCGAGCAACAUCCGGGACAUCAGAGCCAGGCACUACGCCCUGGAGACCCUGGGUCUCAGCAGAGAGAGGGAGAGGCUCUUGGAUUAUUAUGGGAUGCUGGACGAGAGGGGGCGGCCCUACGGCGUCCCCACCAUGCCGGUGGUGGAGGACUUAAAACCGGAGGACGACCAGCGGGCGACCAGCAACCUUUUUAUCGGGAACUUGGACGGUAAUGUGACGGAGGCCGAGCUGAGACGGGGGUUCGACAAGUACGGCGUCAUCGAGGACGUCGUGAUCAAGCGCCCCGCCCGUGGACAGGGGGGCGCGUAUGCUUUCGUGAAGUUUCAGAACCUGGACAUGGCGCACCGGGCCAAAGUGGCCAUGCAGGGGCGCCUCAUGGGCGGGAACCCGAUAAAGAUCGGCUACGGCAAAGCUAACCCCACCACGCGGCUCUGGGUGGGGGGUCUCGGACCCGGGAACUCCCUCGCCGCCCUGGCGCGGGAGUUCGACCGCUUCGGGAGCAUACGGAGCAUCGACUACGGGAAGGGGGACAGUUUUGCUUACAUCCAGUAUGAGAGUCUGGACGCCGCCCAAGCCGCCUGCGGCCAGAUGAGGGGCUUCCCCCUGGGGGGCCCCGAGCGGCGCUUGAGGGUCGACUUUGCCAAAGUGGAGGAGAGCCCGUCUCGGCCGUUCCCCCCCGGGUACCAGCCGCCGGUCGGCGCCGCCCCGUCCCACUACGACAUUCUCGGGGACGCCUACAGCCGCCAUCGCAGCCUGGAGCGGGAGCUGCGGGGCGCGAGGGACCGCUCGCCGCCGCCGCCGCCGCCCGGCUACGGGCUCGUCUCGGCGAGGGAGCGGGAGCGAGAGAGGGAGAGGGAGCGAGCCCUGCUGGAAAGAGACUUUCCCAGCAGCCCCACCCGCAGCCUGGAGAGGAGGGCGGGCGGCGUGGAGGCGUUCGGGCGCAGCGGCAGGACGGCGAGGAGCCGCAGCCGCAGCCGGGAGCGGUGGCUGAAGGAGCGGGAGGAGAGGAGGAACCGCCGGAGGAGUCUGUCCGCCGAUCGCCCGGCGGAGGAGCGAGAGAGGGAGAAGGACAGAGAGAAGGAGAAGGGGAGGUCGCGGGUCCGGGGGCCGGUUUCCCCGGACGCGAGCCCCGACCGGGCGCAGGUUCGGGCGCCAGACUCCACCACCGAGCCGAGAGACCACUCCCCCGCCGCCGCCGCCGCCAACGACGACGUCCCGCCGCCGAGCCGACACCACGGCAAAAGAUCCGGCGAACACAUCAACAACAACAACAACAACCACCACCACCACCGCGGCGAGGUAAUCACCGCCGUCUCCCCCGCCGCCCAAGCCGACGCCACGCACACGUCCUCGUCCCCCCCCGGCACGCUGUCGGAGUUCGCCCAGGCGUCGCUGCCCAAGACGUGGCACGGCUUCUUCGCCCUGAAGAACAGCAGCUUCCCCACGGAGCUGUACCUGCUGGAGGGCGGCGCCGCCUUCUUCGGCGCCGUGAUGCGCGACACGCUGCGGCUGCAGAGCCAGAACCAGCCGGGCCAGCUGAAGAUCGCCCAGCGGCUCCGCAUGGACCAGACCCGGCUCGACGAGGUGACGCGGCGCAUCAAGCUGGGCCGGCCCGACGGGUUCGCCAUCCUGCUGGCGCUGCAGGGCCCCAUCGACCGCCAGGCGCCCGCCCCGGAGCCGGGUCUGCAGGCCCGGCUGCUGCGCCACCUGGUGACCUACCUGCGGAACAAGGAGGCGGCGGGGGUGGUGAGUCUGCCCGGCGCCAAGGAGGGCGGGCCCGGCGCCAUGCUGUACGCGUUCCCCCCCGGCGUGUUCUCGCAGCAGUACCUGCACGCCGCCAAGAGGACUGUGGGUAAUCUGGACGAGGAGCACAUGGUUAUUGUGAUAGUCAGUGACACUAAUUGAUUGUUAUGUUAAUUGAAGGUUACAGACACUUAAAGUUACACACACAUACAGAGACACACAGACAUGCACACACAGACAUGCACACACACACAGAGACACACACAUGCACACACACACACACACACAGAGACACACACACAUGCACGCACACACACACACACACACACACACAGAGGAAACGUAACUACAAAUACUUCAAU